UAUUUUCCUCAUGCUUUGUUUUUACAGGUAUUUACCUUCAUUGCGGGGCCACUGCCUAAAACUGUUAAUACUGGAGUGACUGAAAUCAACUCUGAAAGGCUGGAAUUGAGGAGUAAAAUUGUUAAAAGAGGCCAGUGCUCAAAAGGCUUGUAUCGAGCAGGUCAAUUCUGCUGUCAGCCAUGUCCCCCUGGCAAAAGGAAAGCUGCUGACUGCAAAUUUGAUGAAAGUGAACCAGAUUGUGUGUUCUGCAAAGAAGGGGAAGAGUAUACAGACAAAGAACAUUAUUCCCCUAAAUGCAGACGUUGUACAUUUUGUGAUGAAGGACAUGGCUUAGAAGUGGAAAGAAACUGUACCCGAACCCAGGAUACCAAGUGCAGAUGUAAAUCAAACUUUUAUUGUAACGAUUCUGUAUGUGAACACUGUAACCCCUGCAUCACGUGUGAACAUGGAAUCAUUGACAAAUGCACACCAACCAGCAAUACCAAGUGCAAAAAAGAAAGUUCCAGAAAUAAGUUUUGGUUGCUGUGUAUCCUCAUACUCCCAAUUACGCUAGCUCUGGGGCUGUUGAUGAAGUACUACAGGAGAAACCAUUUUCACCCUGAAAAUAAGUUCCAACAUCCUCACCAGGAAACAGAAACAGAGCCACUGAAUGUCUCAGAUGCUGACUUUAGUAAAUAUAUACCUAGGAUUGCUGAAAUAAUGACAAUAAAUGAAGUUAGAGAAUUUGUUCGAAAGAAUGAUGUCUCUGAAGCCAAAAUAGAUGACAUCAAGAAUGACAGUCCCCAAGAUACAGCCGAGCAGAAAGUUCAACUGCUUCAUAGUUGGUAUCAAGUUAAUGGGAAGAAAAAUGCAUACUUCACUUUUAUCAAAAGUCUUGAAAGAGAAAAACUUUAUGCUCUUUCAAAGAAAUUUCAGGAUAUCGUCCAGGCAGACAUGAGUAAUAACCAUGAAAAUUCAAACUUCACAAGUGAAAAUGAAAAACAAAGCUUGGCCUAGAGUGCAAAACAACUAAUUUAGUUUUGAUUAUGUUCAUUCUGCAAAUAGAAAAAUUAAUGUGAAAAAUGUUUUCAAUAACUGAAGGCUGUAAAAUUGCUUGGCUUUUUGUGAGUGCAUUUUAUUUUUCCAUUUAUUAGAUUCGUAGAACCAGUAUAUUGUAUUUACAAUUGAAGACUUUGUGAUUCUGCCUUUAGGAAUGUUCAAAAUCUAGGUAAGAAGACAGACCCAGCCAAGAGUAGAUAUAAUAGCAAGUUUAGUGCUCAGAUAGCAGUGUAUGCAAAGGAAAAGAAAAAGCUUAGUAUCAUCUCUAAAAUCUAACAUAUGACUCUACAGAAAUGAAUAUAAUUAAUGUAUGUUGGUACAAAUGUUUAUUGACAAGGUGAUUCCAUUCCAUGAAUCCUUUUGUUGCACUGUCAAUCACUGGAGUAGCUACUCUGCCUCUGUAUUACCUACCUACACUCCUUGAUGACUAGAGAUUUUGCCAUAUUUGUAAACCUUGUUUACAGGCCAAUCUGAGAGGAGCAUAUUCUAACAAAACUUGCAUGUAUAUUUGAAUGAGGAAUUUAAUAAGGUUCUACCUCAAAGAUCUCUGCAUGGAUCAUUGGUACUUUAUCAUGUAAUAUUUCAAUCUUGAAUUUGCAUGGAAAAUGCAGAUAAAAUCACAAUGCUUGAAUAUUUUCUAUCUUUAUGCCAUUUUACUUGACAAAAUAAUCUACCUCUUACUCAUCUGGCACAAGCAUUUUGAGCAACAGGGUAUGACCAGUUUUGUUACUUCUCCAUUUUCUCUUUGAUGUUCAUCUUGAUAAGCAUAAUAUACUCGGAAACCUGUAAAGAUUGCCAAAGAAUUACUGAGUGAUCCCAUUAAGAUCAAGACUGCCACAGGAAAUUGUGGACCUGCCUGGAGAGACCAAACGCCUCUUAAUGGAGGUAGCUUUAGCAUGUAACAAGAGUCCGUGUCUACCACCAGGAGUGAUAAGGCCAGUUCUUCUUUUGCCCUUGUCCUGCAGAACGUUCACCAACUCUCCAUGGGUUCACUUGGCUACAAAUGGCUACUUCUGUCCAGCCAAGUUACCAUCAUCAUCAGGGUUUGAGAAUUGCUCUUGUUCUCUACAACUUAGACAAACAAACUGCUGUGCCCACCACUACCUUGUUGUGUUUUAUAUUCAAACAUUUCUGAAAGUUUGUAUUAUAUGUGAAUUUUAAUACAUAAUAUUUAUAGUUAAAUAUAUGUACAGUGAACUAAAGGUAGUUAUACAAUAAAACAGGUGUUUAAAAUUUCCAAAACAGCUGAGAUUUGAGGGCAGUUAUUUUUCCUGUAUGUUUGGGGAUAUACAAAGUAGGUUAAAAUAAUUAAAGUAAUGCUUUCAGUAUUUUGAGUUAUCCAGUUUUUAAUGGGGAUCUUUUUUAUUUUUGUUUUUCUUUUCUCUGACUACUGCUAACUGCAACCUGUCAUGAAUCUUUGAAGUGUUCUUUGAUCUUUCAGAAGGUCUUUCCUUUUAAAAUCCUUUUUAGAAGUUAUUUCCAUAGAUUACUGCCAAGAUUAUUUUUCCAAAUAGUACAUGAUCAUUAGAUGGCAUCACAUUAGAGACACUGAAAUGUAGAUUUAAAAAGUACAAAAUUUAAAGGGUAGGAUUUAUUGGUAAAAAAGCUAAUACUACAUUUUAGCUACUUUUUGACCACUGGAUUCUUUCUCUAUCUCUCUGAAAACCUUAAAAUGUAUUUAUCUUUUUGUUUUUUAUAUUGGCAACAUGAUUUUAACACAAAAGUCUCA